AAUAUAACUAUUUCCUAACCAAACAUGCAUGUAUACAUAACCUUGUAAGAGCUAUUCGACGUACUAGUCUACAGUAAGAACCAAUUUCUGCGUGGCAAACCAACUUUUUGACCCCCGCCCCCAUCCAUUCACAGAUAUCUGCUUAAUUAGCAUUUAGCUUAGCUAGCCGGGGCUCUCAUAAACGCCGUUCAGACUGCGGUACGCUGUAUCCCCGUCUCAGGUGUUAUUGUAGCACUGCAUGGCCGUCACCAGUCUCAUUGCUUUAGCUUUGUGUCCAGUGAGAUCAUUCGAUUCACGUUCAACCUGAUGAGCCUUUGUUAUGGUUCACUGACGUCAGGCGAUCCGGAUUGUGCAGACUGUCGGUUUUCUUUUUUCCAACUACUGUUGUGAUUGAAUAUUAACUUGCAGCUCUGUGCAGUCGACGACACGGUUGCAUUUUCUAUUGCUGACCUACGGCGGGGGUACUUCAGCAUUAUAUUCCACAGGCAGUCGACAACGUGGAGCGCCUCGUUAUGAAUGAGCGGUGGGGGGCGAAAUACAUUUUCUUUUGAUGCCGUUCGAGGGGACGCUGAAAUGGAUUAGUGAGACCUUCUUUUGCACCAGAUCCUAAAGCUGACUAUGUAACCCCUCCAGCCUGCGCUGCACAAGGAGGCGACAAUGUCUGUUCGUAUUGUGGCUCUGGGCAAUGAGAAAGACAGGUUGCUGGAGGAUGGUCAGCAUCAGUCCAGUUUGCUCUGGACCUAUCUGGGUAGAAGCGCUGGUGUUCAUGACAGAAGGGACAAUGUGUUGCUCAGCUCUGCCCCCCACACCACAUUCCCUGCGUUCACCGAAUACCAGGCUUGUGUGUUUGGAGAUGUCCGGGUGGUGGUCCAUGACUGCCCAAGCUGGGAUCUCUUCGACAAUGACUGGUACAGCUCUCGCAAUGUGGUUGGACAGGCGGACAUUAUUGUCAUUAAAUAUUCAAUCAAUGACAAACCUGCAUUUCAAGAAGUGAAGGAAACUUACACUCCAAUGAUUAAAAGACUAUUAAACCAGUGUACAGUGCCAAUUAUCAUUGCUGCCGUGGGAGCCAGACAAAACGAUGAAGGACCUCCCUGCACCUGCCCCCUGUGCACCUCUGAUAAAGGAGGCUGUGUCCCCACCUGCGAGGGCCUGCAGCUCUCUAAAGAACUGGGAGCCACCUAUCUGGAGCUGCACACUCUCAAUGACUUCUAUGCAGGGAAAUACUUUGGAGGAGUGUUGGAGUACUUUAUUGUGCAGUGUUUAAAUCAGAAGUCAUCAGAAAAAAAUAAGAAGAAAAAGAGCCGGAAACCCAACGGGCCUAACCCUCCUCGGUUAGAACAGCCAGCCAAGCUGCCGACAGUGAAGACAGAGGACUCCAGCUACAGCUGUGACUUUCUGAGGCUGCUGGGAAGCUCGCAGUGCGCGGACGUGACUUUCUGUUCAGAGGGCCUCGGCGGGGAGCUGGCACGGGCACACAAGGUGGUCCUGUGCUCUGCCAGUCCCGUGUUUUUGCUGCUGCUCGGGGUGGAGGCUGGGGCGGCAGGUGAGGGGUCCUGCAGCCCCUCUGCAGUGAAGGCCGCUCGGAAUCUCUUCUCAGUGAGCGACAGUAGCACUGGGUUCCCCACAGACCCCACCACCCGAGGCAGGCAUCCCGGUGACCCCCCCACUCGGGUCUUUGUCAAGGACCCCCUCUUGUGUUUAUGCCUGUCAGAGACUCUGCAGUUUGUGUAUUCAGGAGCCUCCCAGUGGAAUGAACUGGAAAAAUCUAUCAGGAAAAGGCUGAAGAGUGUACAGGAAAUCGAGGAACUGCUUGGCAAAGUCAGAUUUCUUCUUGGCUAUGAAAAGGGUUCCACUGAGCAAGCACCUCUCAGACACUCCACAUGUAACAGUACCCCUCUUGGACAUUUAUUUAACUCCCCGGUCUUAACGGAUGUCAUCUUUAAUGUUCAAGGGGUUUUGAUGCCGGCUCACAGAGCAGUACUGGCAGCUCGCUGUGAGGUAAUGGCUGCCAUGUUUAAUGGGAACUAUGCAGAGGCAAACAGCUGUGUGGUGCCUAUCCACAGCGUUUCCAAAGAUACCUUCCUGUCCUUCCUGGAAUACAUCUAUACUGACACCUGCUGUCCAGCCAGCGUUUCCCAGGCCACAGCCCUGCUGGUCUGUGCUGAGAUGUACCAGGUAACCCGGCUCCAGCACAUCUGUGAAGUCUGUAUCAUUACACAUCUACAGUGCAUGCCCAGCAGAGAGCUGGCAUCCACCAACCUCAGUGUGGUCAACCUGCUCAGAAAGGCAAAGUUUCACAAUGCUGUGCAGCUGUCCGCCUGGCUGCUUCAUUUCAUUGCCAGUAACUAUCUCAUCUUCAGUCAGAAACCAGACUUCUUGGAUCUUGCUGAGGAUGAGAGGGAUUUCGUAGAGAAGCAUAGGUGGCCCUCCAGCCGGUACGUGCAGGAGCUCGCUGAAUUCAGGCAACGCGUUCAGGUCCGGAGACUGCGCUGCACAGUCAUGUGACCAGGACCAGCAGCUUAAAAACACCAAACCCGAGAGAAUGACAUGGAGGCAGCAGUAAGGUGUCCUCUGUAACCUACUUCAAAAUAAACACAGAUCAUUUAACAAACAUGUGUAAAAAUAUAUUUAUUACUCAGCAGGAAUAACUGAAUGCACAAAAACCUGUACACUUUGAAGAUAGUUGCAGCUGUACUAUUUGAGGACUGUAAAACCAGGAAACAUAUUUCAAAAGCAAAAUAUUCCAAAUGUAUACAGAAAGCCCACAUGUUUAAAAUCCUAUGAAACGUAUACAUUUUCCUUGCGUGUUUGCAGUCAUUCUCAGUGGUUCUGGGUUCUGUUGCUCCAGUAUUGCACAGGUAUUACCACCUGUCUCUCGAUUAGCCUCUACCUGGCUUUGAGCUUGUCUGGAGAAUCCGAAGUGCCGCACUGAACAGCCUUCCUCAAUCCAUUCAAGUGACAGUGUGCCUUUUCAGCUCUCUAUCUAGAAACAAUGGGGCUAGGAGAGAUGAAAUUGACAUUUUAAGCCAUAUUCUCUAAGCGGUUUGUCUAUUUUUCCAUGGCAUUGUAUGAUUGAGUGUAUUUAACACAUGUACUGCCUCUGUUCUAAUGAUGCACUGAAUUCUAAUGCUACAAGUCUCGGUUAUUGAUCUCAAGGUUCAGGUUAGUCUCUAUGUUGCACUUAGUCUGGAUAUUGGGUUUGAUUUGAUCAGCCGAGACCACGCAGGGAUAAGCCACAGGAUUAUACUGGAGCAUUUUACUGCACUGCGGAAUCGCCCUGGAUUGCACCACCUAUCCAUGAUUAUCCAGAUCGGGUUGGAAAUCUGAUUUCCUUUGAGCCUUAGCUGUAUGUGCCUUGACUGUCGAGUGCUCUGUUACCUAGAAGGAACAGCCGCUGUGCUGGAUACUCAUCGUACGGUAUAUUAUUUGUUUCAAACAUAUCUGAUACUUUUAUUUUAAACGGCAUGAUUGUGUCUACAAGUCAAGUUCCACACAGCUCGUUGCGUUAGCUGGUUUGGAGUUAAAACUUGUACAUGUUGUCCAGUUAAAUCUUCCAAGCUACCAAACCUUUUAAAACAAAUAUAUCUUGCAUGGUCUGUUUAAACAUAAAGUAUACCAGAGUGUUACUAAAGAAACGUUAACCUUUGGGAAACAAUUCGGUUUUGCUUGGUUUAUCUUUCACACAUGUUGCAUUUAAUUUAAUAUGUAUUGUCAUGUGUAAUGAUUUAACCAGAACAAUCUCACUGCAAUAGAAGUAUGUACCAUAUAACAAAACAAGUGGGCCAUAUCUUGAGCUGAUGAAAGAUGCUGUGCCAUAUCUAUUGCCUAUGAGAUCAGAUACACAACGGCACACUAUCCUCUUUACUGUGUUUAUUUUUCAUCUCUGAAUAUACCUGGGCCUCCAAAGUUACUUGAACAGAUGUUAAAAUAAUAAGGAAGGAUUCAGGACGCAUUUUAAUCAGGUAUAGGCUAGAUCGGAUUAUAACAGGUUUUAAUCACUGCCGAAUAGUCAGGAUGCAUUUUAAUCAGGUAUAUGUCAGAUUAUAAUUUUAUUCAGGUUUUAUUCACUGCAGAAUAUCACUUAUUUCACACCUAUGAUCGCUGAUUUUUUUCAAUAGCCCCCUUGCCUUUUAAUCACAGCUUUGUAAAUUCUAGACCUGUGUUUUUAGUUUUUCAAACUAUUCCCCCGAACAUAUGUAUCCAAUACCAACUUGAUGGGAAUUAGAAUCAAAUUAUUUUAGACUGAUGGAUGUAUCAAAGAUUCAUAUCGGGAAAAUAAAAAUCUACCCUUAAGGGACAGUGUAAAUAUUGUGAUGGUCCACUAAAGAAAUCUGCACAUUAGAAACAAUACUUCCAUCUUGCAAUUGUUUUUUAAAUUCUGUAUUUUAUUAAGGAGGAAAACACUUAAUCCACAGCUGACUCUAGAAAUUAUUUAAAUUUUUCCAACUGACAAAUAAAUGUUCCUGUUUUAACCUUC